GGCGCGGCUUCUAGGGGGCGUGGCGCGGGCGCCAGCGGGCGAGGCUUUGAUGGACACUCCGCAGUCGCAGGUCCUGGGAAGCUAACUUGCCUGUGGCACUUGUUAAGUGCUGUCUGAGACUCGUCCAGGUUUCUAGGCUCUGUCGAGGUGUGUAGCCACUGCUGGAGAUUCCAAGCUGACGAUGCCACUGAUGAAUCACCUGAGAGUGAUUCUGCGCACAUCUCCGUGUACAUUGCUGUGGAGAAGGUUCCAGGUUCCGAGGUCUACGCCACGGAGGUCCUGCAGUCUCUAUACCUGCACUUACAGAACCCGGAACCGAGCCUUACCUCCACUCUGGGAGAACUUGGACCUUGUUCCUGCGGGUGAUCGACAGUCACCCAUCAACAUCCGAUGGAGGGACAGUGUUUAUGACCCUGGCUUAAAACCGCUCACUAUCUCUUAUGACCCCAGCACCUGCCUCCACAUUUGGAAUAAUGGGUACUCUUUCCUCGUGGAAUUUGAAGAUUCUACAGAUAAAUCAGUGAUUGAGGGAGGACCCCUGGAACACAGCUACCGACUGAAGCAGUUUCAUUUUCACUGGGGGGCCAUUGAUGCUUGGGGUUCCGAGCACACUGUGGACAACAAAUGCUACCCAGCAGAGCUGCACUUGGUACAUUGGAAUGCAGUCAAAUUUGAAAGCUUUGAGGAUGCAGCACUGGAAGAAAAUGGCUUGGCUGUGAUAGGUGUAUUUUUAAAGCUAGGCAAACAUCACAAAGAACUACAGAAAUUGGUGGACACUCUGCCAUCAAUUAAGCACAAGGACACCCUGGCAGAAUUUGGAUCAUUUGACCCUUCCUGUCUGAUGCCUGCUUGCCCAGAUUACUGGACCUACUCUGGGUCUCUCACUACACCACCCCUCUCAGAGUCUGUUACCUGGAUCAUUAAGAAGCAGCCAGUAGAGGUUGAUCAUGAUCAGCUUGAGCAGUUUCGAACCUUGCUUGUCACUUCGGAAGGGGAGAAAGAGAAAAGAAUGGUGGACAACUUCCGCCCGCUGCAGCCACUGAUGAACCGUACUGUUCGCUCGUCCUUCCGCCAUGAUUAUGUGCUCAAUAUACAAGUGAAGCCCAAGCCAGCAGCCAACCAAGUCACCCCCUAAGAUGUUCAUAUUUUAGACAGCAUCUUCCUUUAAUGUAUAUUCGCUUAAAAUCUUAACUAGAUUAUUUUAAAAUGCUGCAUUUAAUAAUACUUAUAUGUAUACAUUUAUGUUUCUUUCCUUCCAUUUUUGUAACAACAUUUUAAAAUUCGUACCAUUGUAAAGCAAAGACUUGGAGACAAAACAAUUAAAAAAAAAACCAUAACCAAAUAACAUCAGGUUACCUUAGGUUACCUUUCUUUGUGACAGGAUUAAGGCGGAGGAAUCUUCUUUACAUCAAUUGAAAUGGCCAGUUAGGGAUUUUGAUGUUAAAUUUCUCUGAUCUCUGUUUCUCAGAAAGUCAAAGAAGGUUUAGUUUCUGCUUGGUAAAAUGGAAGUUUAUUGUAAAUAAUCCAUCUUGAUUUUUCUGUUUGGGCCCUAAUACAGGAGUUUAACAAACCCA